AUCAAAGAAAAAAUGAAUUUUUAGAUCUGAAGAUACCUGCAAGUAUAUUCACGAGUCUAUGAAUUCAUUGAGGUUAUCAAAAAAAGGGCUAUUUUUUCCAAAAAUAUGGUGUUGGAAAAAGAUUCCGAAAUGGUAAGCCAGAAUCAACAAAAUAAAAAAUCUUCACUCCAUAUCGGUUAUUUCAAAUUACAGAACGAAUGAAUAAUCCAAAAAACAUCUCUCAAAAUGUUUCAAACCUUCCUUGUAUAUUUUUAAAUUUCUAUUCUUUAUCUAGUCGGAUUACGACAAAUGCUUGCAAGAGGAACUCCUGAACUUAACAGAAGUGUUAUUGGUAAGUAGGUACAACAACAAAAAUAAUAUGAAGCGAACGAAACAGAAAAAAAUAUUUAAUCGAGAUGUUUGAAAUCUUAUUCAAGAAAUAUAAUAAUGGAUUUCCAGAGACCUGAUGAAAAUCGUUGGCAAGAUGCGUUGUCGGAUCUCCGUGGUUUGAUAAUGACAUCGACAACUUCAAUGACAUCGGUGCCAAAGCCGUUGAAAUAUCUGAGAAAUUCGUACGGAGUUUUGAAGACAGCUCACUCGAAAAUUAAUAGCGAAAAAAAAGAAUCUUUGAAGAAAGAUUUUUCGGAUAUAUUGAGCGUUCUAGCGAUGGCGGGAUCCCCUUCUGGGUCACGCGAGUGUCUUAAAUAUUGUCUUCAAGGUAAUAUGAAAAAUCCAGGAGAAUGGGGACACGAAUAUGUUAGACAAUUAGAAGCGGAAAUAGCCGAAGAAUGGGCCCUCAUCCCAUUAAGUGAAGAGGACGUAAUUAGGAAGCGAUUGAUACCUCUGGUGAAAAAAAUCCUCAAUUUCGAUAUGAAACACAACGCUGAAAUACAAGCGUGCGAUUUAUGCUUAGAAAUCGAUCAACUUCAUCUCAUGAAGGAAUACCUGGACAGAACGAAUUUCAAAAGAGUUUGCUCGUAUUUGGUCAGCUGCGCUUCGUACAGCGAAGAGAUGGAACGUACACUGAUAUUGGAGACGGUGGUUUCGGAUUACUUAAAAUUCGAAGAAUAUUCUCAAGCGAUGUUGGUCGCCUUGCAACUCGGAGACGACGAAAUCGUGACAACUUGUUUAGAGAAAUGUCAAGAUUCCACGGUCAGAAAACAACUGGCUUUCAUUCUUGCCAGACAACAGGGCCGUCCCUUGAAACGCGUCUACGAAGGAGAAGAUGCGAAAGAGAUAGAAUUGAUCCUGAGUAACGUUCACGUGAACGGUCACUUUCAAAUUCUGGUAAGAGAGCUGGAUAUUCUGGAGGCCAAAAGUCCGGAUGAAAUAUACAAAUCGUGGCUGGAAGCUGGAUCAGGAUUGAGAAGCUUGGUAACGGAUAUUCGCGAUUCCGCGCGAGCAAAUUUAGCCGCAAGUUUCUCCUCCGCCUUCGUUCACGCGGGUUUCGGAGCGGAUAAACUCAUGUCGAAUACCGAGGACUGCUGGGUGUACAAAAAUAAGGAUCAUGGAAUGUUUUCCGCCACCGCUUCUCUGGGAUUCAUCCAUUUAUGGGACGUAGACGGUGGCCUCGUCCCCAUCGACAAAUUUUUAUACACGUCGGAGGAUUUCAUAAAAUCGGGCGCGUUAUUGGCUAUUGGAAUUGUGAAUUGCGGUGUAAGGAACGAAUGUGAUCCAGCGUUGGCUCUUUUGACCGAUUACUUGUGCGAUAACAGUCAAACUUUGCGAAUUGGUUCAACUUUAGGACUUGGAUUAGCUUACGUUGGAUCUCGAAGAUCCGACGUAUCCGAACUUCUGAUCGCUCCAUUAUCGGACAGAAUAAGUAAUAUGGAGGUCGUUUCUAUAGCCGCGAUUUCAUUGGGACUCGUCAACGUUGGUUCGGGUGACGCUGAAGUUUCAACGGCAAUUCUUCAAAAACUGUUAGAAUUAACACCCCUUCAAUUAUCGACGCCGUAUUUUAAUUUCUUGCCGUUGGCUCUUGGAUUGGUUUACAUGGGUCGUCGUGACAUGAUCGAAGCUGUAUCAGCUGCCCUGGAAGUUCUACCAGAUCCUCACAAAGUAUCGGCGCAAACUAUGCUUCAAAUCGGUCGUUACGGAUCACCACCGGGAAGACGUGCGGUUCCCUUAUCCUUGGCACUCUCUUCUUUGUCGAAUCCAGAUCCGAUCGUCGUUGACGUUUUGAAUAAAUACAGUCACGAUUCCGAUGCCGACGUCGCUUUCAACGCGAUAUUUGGACUCGGUUUAGUGGGUGCCGGUACGAAUAACGCACGUUUAGCGACAAUGCUAAGACAAUUGGCUGCUUACCACGCAAAGAAUCCUCUUCACCUCUUUUUGACUCGGGUCUCGCAGGGGUUGGUCCAUUUGGGAAAGGGCACUUUGACUCUGUGUCCGCUACGUUACGGAUCGAAAAUAUUGGACCAAUCUGCGUUGGCUGGAUUAAUGAUAGUGCUGAUAGCGUUCCUCGACUGUCGAAAUUUAAUCCUGUCAAGAUCUCAUUACUUGAUGUACUGUUUGGCCACAGCUAUGCAACCCAGGUGGUUGGUGACCUUGGACACAGAUUUGAAGCCACUUCCAGUGUCCGUCAGAGUUGGCCAGGCAGUUGAUAUACUUGGAAAAGCAGGUAGUCCAAAAUCAAUCGCAGGUGGUCACGUGCAUACAACACCUGUGCUUCUGGCUUCGGGUGAAAAAGCUGAAUUGCUCCAAACUGGAGAUCAGAAUUUUGAACCCUUGUCCGAAAUUCUAGAAGGCUUCGUUAUUCUCAAAGAAAAAUCCUCGAAAUAACUUUUUCUAAGUAUAUGAUCGAAGGAAUAAUAUUGUAUCAAUCGAUUGAAGUAUGUAAUUUGUUAAGGGAGAAACAGUGAUGAUCGGAUAGUUAUUGGAUAUCGUUAUUA